GGGAUGGCCAGGUUCUUUGCGCGGGAGGUGUGAUGGCGCUGUUGUGAGCUGCAGUACCGGGGGUCGCGUUUCGUGUUACUUUCAUAUGAGCCAAGAUGGAUCAGAAGAUUUUGGAUUUGGCAGCAGCUGAGGAUGGUCAAGGUUUGCUGCAGCUCCUGCAGCACAUGAAAGAGCAGGAGGUUGGUGCCCUAAUAACACGGUAUGCUUUGAAAGGGAAGGAGACUGGAAUGCUCAUGAGAGCUAUUUUUAAAGGUUCUCCUUGUGUAUCAAAAGAAGGAGUUUGUCUGAGGCUUUUUGUUUACAAACAUUGUAUGCAGUUAGUUGAAUCAGGGGACCUACAAUCAGAUGUGGCAACAGACAUGAUUGGUUUGCUGAUGCUUGAGGCUCAUCAACUCCCUGGAACUGCUUUAGCUGAACUGGCAAGCCUGUAUGUGGAUGCGAUCAAGGGGGGAAGCAUUAUCAAUGGCAAAUCACUGGAUCUUUUUCCUACAAUACUUACUGUUUUGGCCUCCCAAGAAAGCCUCAAUUAUGGUGGCGGUCAUUUGAAUGGAGAAGAAUACAAGAAGCAACUAAUCAACACACUAUGUUCCAGCAGAUGGGAUCCAAAAUGUGUCAUUCACCUCACAUCAAUGUUUAGGGAUGUACCACUGAGUAUAGAGGAACUUCAGUUUGUUAUGAUGAAAGUGCUGAGAAUGUUCCCCAAGUUGGAACUGCAGGAACUGCCUCCACUUGUCUAUCAGUUACUUCUUCUCUCCGCUAAAGGUUGUAAGAAAACUCUUUUAGAAGGGAUCGUAACAUUCUUCCAUCAACAGGAUCAGUUGCAGAAAGAAGAACAGACAGGAACUGAGUCCAUGGAGUUGGAGGCUGUAACAGUGCCACAGGACCAGCUUUAUCACGUAGAAGGAACAGUCAUUCUUCACAUCGUGUUUGCUAUCAAAUUAGACCACGAUCUGGGCCGUGAACUCAUCAAAUAUCUAAAGGCUGGUCAACAAGGAGAUACCGGCCGGGUUCUCUGCUCUUUUAACAUUGCAUUGAUGCUGUCUGUAGCUAGGAUACAUCGAUUUGAGGAGCAGUUGUUUGACUUCCUGAAAACUGCAAUUAUAAAAAGUUUUAAAGAUGGACAGUUUCAGCAAAAUUCAAAAUUCCUCCAGGAUUUGAUCCCUGCUCAGUGCAAUGUGUCUGAAAUGAUUUUGGAGACCGUGUCAAACAGUGUUUUUGGGUGGGACCAUGUUACCCAAUCUCUGGUGCAGUUAGGAUUUAUAUUCAUGGAUUCUUUUGGACCAAAGACAGGUCCAUUUGGAAAAGUUGCUGAGACUAACCCACAUGCAGCAAAAACUCCAUCUCAACAGACUUGCAGACUGGGAGCCAAAAUCCUCCUUGAAACAUUCAAAGUACAUGAGCCGAUUAGGAGUGAAAUCCUCGAGCAAGUUCUGAAUAGGGUGGUGACAAAGAGCACGUCACCUAUCAAUCACUACAUUGACUUGCUUUCUGAUAUUGUAAUCUCUGCACCUCUCAUUCUCCUGGAUUCUUCCUCCAAGGUGAUAGAGGCAUUUGACCACUUGUCCUACUUACCCCUUAGCACAGUCCAGGGGCUACUAAAGGCAGUGCAGCCUCUGCUGAAAGUCAGUAUGUCCAUGAAGGAUUCGUUAAUUCUGGUCCUGCGGAAAGCCAUGUUUUCCAGCCACUUGGACUCCCGAAAGUCAGCAGUGGCUGGCUUUCUGCUGUUGCUGAAGAACUUUAAAGUGUUGGGAAGUCUGGCUUCCAGUCAGUGCACUCAAGCUCUCACGGCCAGUCAGGUGCAAGUGGAUGUGCAUAUGCGUUAUAACGCCUCUGCUAAUGAAGCACUUUGCUUGGAGAUCUUAGGCAGCCUGAGGCGCUGUCUGAGCCAGCAAGUUGAUGUUAGGCUCAUGCUCUAUGAGGGCUUGUUUGAUGUUCUGCGUCGAAAUUCACAGCUGGCAUAUACCAUCUUACAAACACUACUUUCACAGCUAAAACGAUAUUAUGAAGUGGAGGAGGACUUACUGCCACCUCUCAAG